CACUUGAUGACAGAACAGAGCUAAAAAGAAACAACACUAAUUAAGGAAAUUUAAGAAAUGCGGAAGUAGAACAUUUAUAAAAAGAAGAUGUGGUCUUUAAGGGUUCAUCUCAUUGCUUGAAGACUGACCAAGCAGAUUUAGCUUCAGACACAUUGCAGACAGUUCAGUUUGAGACAUAUAUGUCUGUUAAAGGAGCCAUUAGAGGCAGAACGCUGACAGAAGAUGGAAGCUGUAAUUGGACUGAUGCUGCUGCUGCUCGGAGUCUCUCAGGGUGUAGAAACCAACUGUGACGGCAGACAGAACGGAGCUCAGUGUUAUGGAGCUUUAGGAGGAACAGUGUACGUUCAGCUGAUGGACAGAGCCUCAGACGUACAUAGAUACCAGUGGACAAAGGACAACAAAACGAUACUGGAUGGGAGAAAGGAUCAAAUUCUAACUAAUCUGACAGACCAGAGAUACUUCUUUACUCCCAGUAAUGGAACAUUCAGGAUCAACAACCUGAGCAGAAAUGAUAGUGGUGAAUAUCAGCUUGAAACCUAUGAUUCAGAAGGAAAGAACAAGACACGGACUCUACAUUUGACCAUUCAAGCUCCUGUGGGCUCCGUCCUGCUGCUCUCUGAGUGUCUGUCUGAGGGACAGAUGAGGGCGUCCUGCUCCUCUGAGGGAGGGGACAGUCCUCAGUACAGCUGGACUCUGGAUGGACACACACUGACACAUGCUGAGCUCCUCUCUGGAAACAAUGAGACCAACAACAUCACUCUGAAACAACACGUCUCAGGACGUCUGCUCUGUUCAGUCAGGAAUCAAGUCAAUAAUGUCUCCAGAGAAGAGACGAUCACUGACUGUGGCUUCAUCUUCAUUAACUGCACCUUAUGUGAUGGCACUCAUAUCUCACAGUGGGUGUUUGCAGCUAAUAACACUCUGUGUGUUGAACCAACAACUCAUCCUACCACAGUUUCAGACACGACUGAGGAUCGCUCCCUUCUCAUAUGUGGUGUACGAGCUGCUGUUGUGGUUCUCUUAUUAAUCUGCAUUACUGCGUAUUUUGCUUGGAAGAAAGCAAACUCCAACAACACUGAAGGCUCUGCCAUCGCUCCAGAAAACUCUGUGCUGAUGGUUGAACUGUGAAGUUCUGCAAAGAGGAGUCAAUAUCUCCCUGUAAAGGUGCAAAUAUAAAUCAACACCUGAUGAAUCAAACUUAAACAGAGAAAACAUUAAUUAUAGUUUAUUUGUCAAAACAACCAACUCAAACACUGUUUUUCGUCAUGAAGAUGAUCUUCAUGUUCAUGAGUCUCAGUAACUGUCCUCGUUGACAUAGACUUUUGUGUCACUGUGUUAACAUCAGGUCGUUGUUCCCGUUGUCUGAACAGGUCUCUCUCUGCUCAUAUGUAGUUUGGAGUCAGCAGUAGCAGCUGUUUCACUGGGCGUGAUCGGCAUCCAUUUUUAUUAGAAGAAGAGGAAGUAUGAGCAACUUUCAUCUCUGAACCACAAACUGUUACAGUCUUCAGCCCAUCCCUGCCCUUUGUUCCCUCUGUUCGUGCCCUUGACUCUGGCCACACCUCCUCCCUGAUCUUCCCCUCUGCCGCCUGCAACCUGGACUCAUUGACUCAUUCCACUCACCUGUGCCUUCCUCUCCGCUCUGCUUAAAUACGCCACCUCGUUCACUCGUCCCCUGCUAGAUCAGUGUUGCCACACUGGAGAUGGCGAAAUCGAAGCCUCAUGAAGCACUGAGCAACUAUGACACAGUUGUGCUGAAAUCGACACAUUGCUCAACACCAUAAUGACACAGUCAGAACAGCGACAUCUGCUGGUUGUGCGUGAGAACUGCAUUCAGAGCAAACUGACCAUCAAACCCUCGCUUAUACGUGGUUGUUCAGGAUCACAGUUCAUGUUUUGUUGUCAAAUAAAGGUUAUUAAAUCAAAUG